GUUUCCAUUUCUGCUGCUUUGCUGUUUGGGGUCACCUGUGGCUGGCUUUCCAUCGCCAGCCUCCGGAGUGAUUCGCCGUGGUACCACCCAGGUGAGCGUGGCAAGGGCGGGCUAACUCGAGGGCUUACAGGGAGGGCGAAGGGCGACUCACGUCGAGCACAGAAAUGAGAAUUCAGACCGAGAAACGGCCCUUUCACAAUGCUUUCCGCCGCCUGAUCUGGUUGGUUUUGUGUCUGCGGUGCAGGCUUGUUCGCCGUUCAUGCGGACCAAUGAUAGCGGCAUAUGAUCGGCGCCAUGGAUACAGCUCAGGUGGGUGGCGGACUGACGGGCAAGAGAAGCCAGCAGCUUCCAUCCAACGGCUGUGGUGUCAUGUUGUGUGUUGUGUGUUGUGUGUUGUGUUCAGUUGAAGAAUCAGGCGGCGCGUGUGGAGCAGGCCCUGCAGGAAUUAGUGCAGCUCCACUCGCAGGUAUGCUGUGAUGAACGCACCUGACAGGCCCAGCGCCACACCCUCUCGCUGUGUUUGUUGUUCCUCUCUGCAUCAGGUUGGUGCUCAUCUGUCGAAGAUCAAGCAGCUGGACCCUGCCGAGGUACACACAGAGUCCGCACUGGGCAGCAGGUCACGGCACAUUGUUUGGUGCCCUCCGGUGGUCUUGCAGGCAUCGUCCCAUGAGUCGCUGCUGGUGCCCACUCAGCUGUCCCUUCUGGAGUCUUAUGUCAAAGCCGCCGUCACUCAGCUGUCGUCUGUCGAGUCGGGCCUUUCGGGAGCCGUCGAUGCUCUGACGGCUGCCCCCACGCCGCCAUCAGCCAAUAGCUCGGCAGCUGCAGAGACCGACCAACAGCCACAGGUACACAUCAUCCAUCCAAAAGAGUCAGAAUAGAGCACUGUGUCCAUUCCGUCGGAUCUAUUGGUCACAGGCGCGGCGGCCAUCGUAUCGUCUGGUCAAGGAGAGCGGCUGUCCACCCGAAUUAGAAGAACCGGUGAGAAUGACACCACGAUAGACCUGAUACAUCAAACCCACCUUAACGUAUUAAUGCCUUCUCUCUUUGCCCUCAGGCCCGUCGCCCUCUGUCGUGUGAUGAGCUCCUCAACGUGUCCGGCCACCUGCAGCCCUGGGAGCUGACGCGCUACCGCCGGCCCCUCGGCACGCGCCUCUUCACCCAGUCGGCCGCCAACUACGCCAACCUGGUCAUCGACUGUGAGGACGACAAGGCCAGGCGUAUGUGGGCGGCCAUGCCGCUGGCCGUGGCGCAGAGGUGGGGGCAGAGGGCGACCAACAUCAGAGAGAUCAAGCACCGGCGCCCCGUGGGUCGAGAGAAUUGGUGUCGCGGGACCUGGGUGGCGCUGGUAGAAGGCCACGCCAGCGGCCGAGCGGCCAUCGCAGCCAAACAGAAGCGCAAGAGUGAGGGAGGGGAGGGGACAGCUGUUGCUGCUGCGGCACGGCAGGCUGACGGCAGCGGGCAGUCGGCUGAUGACGGCACAUUGGAGGUACUGUCAUUCGAGGCCGUCAAACUCGAUGACAGCAUUCACAUCCCCCACCCUCCUCCCUCAUCUGACCUGCCCCCUGCCCCCACCUCCCGCAUCCACCUGCCGGCACUCAAGACCGUCAACAACAUCCCCAGCGAUUGCAUGUCUGCUCGCGUGGGCCGCCAGUGGCGCACCCCUGGCGUCACGACGCUCAUCGUCGGGACCGGUUUGGAUCUGUCAUGGUAUGACGAGGAGGAGAUGGAGGGCCUGAAGGCGUGGGUUAGCGGCUGUGAGGCCAUUGAGAUGCUGGACCUCAAGCACAUCUACUUCGGGACCGCGGCCGGUCUGCUGAGUGCGCUGCCCGCCAACGGCAAGUCGCUGGCGGCGCUGCACACACUGCGAGGUGUGUCUAUGGAUGAGGACGUGUGGGUGAAUACUGACAGUAGCGGGAUCGACAGGCUGCGUGAGGUGAUGGUGGCGAGGGGCGCCAAGCGGUCCGUUCGCGAGGUCAAGAUCACCGUGAGGGCCAUGCAUGAUGACGACGAUACUGUGGUGUGGUCGGGGAGCGCUGCCCGGCUCAUGUAAGGAUGCAGAAAGAGAGAGGGGUAAUGACGGGCGGUGCAACACAUUAUUGUGCUUUGUCUUCUAUCAGUGAGGCCGUUGCGGCUCCCGAGGUAGCCUGGGAGGAGGUCUUCGCACUGAACGACGACGGCACAUCUGGACGCAUUGACGCGGAGCUCCUCUCGCUCAGCCGCAGGACCGGUACUCCCGCUGCCCAGAAGCUCAUCGGCGGCUUCGCGAAGACUGCCGGCACCGUGACUUACAGCGGGCGUCACGAAACCAUCCCCGCCGCCAUCAGGGACGACGCAUUCGCUGCCGCCCACAUCCUACGGCUGGCCGGUGGUGCACUCGCCAACAAGAAGCGCGCAGUCCAGGUCGCCUCCGGCAUGCCCAGCCUGUCGCACAUCGACGCAUCAGCGAUCGCACCUGUUCGUGAGGUGUGGCAGUUCCUGGAGGGGUUGCAGACGGCGCGGGAGAGCAGGGGGUGGGCGGAGAGGAGCCUGUCGUCAGUGGGUCUCAGCCUAUCGGCCCACACGCUCACCUUCACAGACCCCCACGACCGCGACCACCCCUGUCUGUGGCACCGUGACACCACGAAGCUGCCGCCGAUCGAGGAAGUGCAUGUUGACGUGAGGAGUAAGCAGGAACGAUUAAUAGGGGGUCGGCCAUUCGGCGUGGCGUCUGUGUGUGUAUGGUGCUUUGUUUCUUUGUUUGUUUGUUCGUUUGUUUCAGGCACGGUAGCGGAUGACCAGUUCGAGGCAUUCUACAGCAGCAUGGUAGCCGCGGUGAUCUCGUUCACCAGCAAGCUCAAGGUGCCCGACACAGACAGACAGAUGGCUGCUGGGCAAUCUGCUUUACGUCUCUCUGGUCGCGUCGCCAGGGCCACAAGAGGACUCAGAUCAAGAUGACUUUUGGGUCGCGUCGUCGCGUCGAGCAGCCUUUCCUGGCGCAGCUGGCCGGCGCCGGUCUCAAGGUCAGCAUGCUCGUCGACACCCUGUCUGUCGAGCGCCGCACACCAGGUGAGAGACAGGCCUGCAGACCAUCCCCAGCUGCAUCCACUCAGACAGACAGCCAGCCUCUCCCACCGAUCCCUACGCGCGCAUCUCUCCCUGUCUCUCUGUUGCCUGUCUGUGCGUCAGAUACGUGAGUCUGGUUGGCGUGCGGCCGAUGUAGCUCGGUUGUCGGUAGACGAUGGGUGGAUGGAAUACAUGGGUAGAGCUCACUCAGACAUGUGCGUGUGUGAGCGUGGGUGACGAUUUUGGUUCCUUCCUGUCUGCUGCC